GCGAGCCCGACCCAGCGUCCCCGCGCAAUCGCUGCCCAGCUGGAACUCUGCCGUCCCGCUGUGGCCCGAGGCUCUUCGUGGCGGUGGAUGCUGCAGCUACGCUAUCCACGGGUGCAGCGAGGAAGGGGGCGGGGAGGAGUUCUGGCACAUGCCAGGGUCGCCGUAGGAGGCAGCGGCCAGCGCAUGCGCGCCCUCUCCCAGAAGCCUGGAACGCUGAGGGGCGCGCACCCCCAUCCGCGCGCGCCCGCCCGCGCUGGCCGAGGCUUCCCCGCCUGCGCUUGUUGUCGGAGCCGCUCCGGCGCGUGCGCGCGUUAUCUCGGGCCGACCCUAGUGGCCGGGUUCCCUCGGCUCCAGGCCCCCGCCCCCCGCCGCCCUCUCCGGGCCCCCAGCCAGCCGGUCCCCUCCCUCUCCUCUCGGAAUGGGGCUGGUGCUACUCGGGGUCGCGCGCCCGGGACCCGGCUCGCGCUCGGUCUCGCGCUGUCAGCUACUGCCCGGCUCGCGCCGCCUCGCGCUCUCCCUCAGUCAGUGGCGCCGGAGGCUCCGUUAAGCGGCGACCGUGGUUCCUGUUUCCGUUUCUUCCUCUCCCUUUGGUCGGGAGUAGCAUCCUCCACCCAGCCACCCCUCCCACUCCCCCAGCACUGGACAGCUGCAGCUGAGGGCUGUGGCGGUGGCGGUGGCGGUGACGGGGAUCGGCGGAGACCGCCUCUCUCCCGCCUCGGCUAAUAAUUAUUGUGACCCAUACUCAAGCAAUAAUAACUUCCUCUGGAUUUCCAUGAUUUCAUUAAUGUCUUCUGUUUUUGGGAAAGGAAGGUGUUGCUAUAUUCCAGGCAUUAUUCUAGACAGAUACCAGUGAGCAGCCAGAUGGCCCUUAUAUUCCAGUGAGUAGAUGGAUACUAAACAACACAUAAGAGUCCAUGAAGCACAGGACAGUAAAGCUUCCUACUCACAUCACCACAAGGAUCUCUUUCAAAGAUUCACCCCAGGACUACCAGAGAGACUUAAUUUGAAGCAUCAUGUGUUGAACCAACAGAAGUCUUUUCACCUGUGCACUUACUAGAAACAGAGUUACAAUGUUUUCAAUUCUUUGAGCUCCAGGAAGCCAGGGAAGUGAGCUGAAAGUCUGAAAAUGCGGCCAUGGACUGGUUCUUGGCGUUGGAUUAUGCUCAUUCUUUUUGCUUGGGGAACCUUGCUAUUUUAUAUAGGUGGUCACUUGGUUCGAGAUAAUGACCACCCUGAUCACUCUAGCCGAGAACUGUCCAAGAUUCUGGCAAAGCUUGAACGCUUAAAACAGCAGAAUGAAGACUUGAGGCGAAUGGCUGAAUCUCUCCGGAUACCAGAAGGCCCCAUUGAUCAGGGGCCAGCCACAGGAAGGGUACAUAUUUUAGAAGAGCAGCUUGUUAAAGCCAAAGAACAGAUUGAAAAUUAUAAGAAACAAACCAGAAAUGGUCUGGGAAAGGAUCAUGAAAUACUAAGAAGAAGAAUUGAAAAUGGAGCUAAAGAGCUCUGGUUUUUUCUACAGAGUGAAUUGAAGAAAUUAAAGAAUUUAGAAGGAAAUGAACUCCAAAGACAUGCAGAUGAAUUUCUUUCUGAUUUAGGGCAUCAUGAAAGGUCUAUAAUGACAGAUCUGUACUACCUCAGUCAAACAGAUGGAGCAGGUGAUUGGCGGGAAAAAGAGGCCAAAGAUCUGACAGAAUUGGUCCAGCGGAGAAUAACCUAUCUUCAGAAUCCCAAGGACUGUAGCAAAGCCAAGAAACUGGUGUGUAACAUUAACAAAGGCUGUGGCUAUGGCUGUCAACUCCAUCAUGUGGUCUAUUGCUUCAUGAUUGCAUAUGGCACCCAACGGACACUCAUCUUGGAAUCUCAGAAUUGGCGCUAUGCUACUGGUGGAUGGGAGACUGUGUUUAGACCUGUAAGUGAGACAUGCACAGACAGAUCUGGUGUCUCCACUGGACACUGGUCAGGUGAAGUGAAGGACAGAGUUGUUCAAGUGGUGGAGCUCCCCAUCGUGGACAGUCUUCAUCCUCGUCCUCCUUAUCUACCCUUGGCUGUACCAGAAGACCUUGCAGAUCGACUCCUGCGAGUUCAUGGUGAUCCUGCAGUGUGGUGGGUGUCUCAAUUUGUCAAAUAUUUGAUCCGCCCACAACCUUGGUUGGAAAAGGAAAUAGAAGAGGCCACCAAGAAACUUGGCUUCAAACAUCCAGUUAUUGGAGUCCAUGUCAGACGCACAGACAAAGUGGGAACAGAAGCAGCCUUCCAUCCCAUUGAGGAGUACAUGGUGCAUGUUGAAGAACACUUUCAGCUUCUCGCACGCAGAAUGCAAGUGGAUAAAAAAAGAGUUUAUUUGGCCACAGAUGAUCCUUCUUUAUUAAACGAGGCAAAAACAAAGUACCCCAAUUAUGAAUUUAUUAGUGAUAACUCUAUUUCUUGGUCAGCUGGACUGCACAAUCGAUACACAGAAAAUUCACUUCGGGGUGUGAUCCUGGAUAUACAUUUUCUUUCCCAGGCAGACUUCCUAGUGUGUACUUUUUCAUCCCAGGUCUGUCGAGUUGCUUAUGAAAUCAUGCAAACACUACAUCCUGAUGCCUCUGCAAACUUCCAUUCUUUAGAUGAUAUCUACUAUUUUGGGGGACAGAAUGCCCACAACCAGAUUGCCAUUUAUCCUCACCAACCUCGAACUGAAGAAGAAAUCCCCAUGGAACCUGGAGAUAUCAUUGGUGUGGCUGGAAAUCAUUGGGAUGGCUAUUCUAAAGGUGUCAACAGAAAACUUGGAAGAACAGGUCUAUAUCCCUCCUACAAAGUCCGAGAGAAGAUUGAAACGGUCAAAUACCCCACAUAUCCUGAGGCUGAGAAAUAAAGCUCAGGUGUAAGAGAUGAACAACCAAACUCAGUUCAAACCAUUUCAACCAAGCAGUAGAUGAAGAAGGCCCUGACCUAACAACAGUGGUUAAAUGGUAGAUACCAUUGGCACCAAGAGCAACUAGGAACUGACAAAUGCUUCAUUGGUGGAAUUCCUCUUUAACAAGGGCUGCAGUGCCCUCAAACCCAUGCACAGUACAAUAAUGUACUCACAUAUAACAUGCAAACAGAUUGUUUUCUACUUUGCCCCUUCUUUAAAUAUUAUGUCCCCAUGAAACAAACACUGCCACAUUAUGUAAUUUAAGUGACACAGACAUUUUGUGUGAGACUUCAAACAUGGUGCCUAUAUCUGAGAGACCUGUGUGACUUACUGAGAAGACCUGAACAGCUCCCUACUAUGGAGAAGUUUAUUCUUAGCCAGUGGUGGUGUUGUGACCACUGAAUUCACUCCAAUCAACAGAUUCAGAAUGAGAAUGGAUUUUUUUUUCCUUUAUAAGGUUGUCUGGAUUUUUUUUUAAUAAUUGCAUCAGUUCAUCCACUUCAUCAUUAAUAAAUGAAGGAUACAUCAGAAAAUUAAAUAUUCACUCUCCAUUAGGAACUUUUGUAAAACAAUGCCAUGAACAAAUUCUUUAUUACUCAAUGUCUCUGGACAUUCUCUUUGAUAACAAAAAAUAAAUUUUAAAAAAGAAUUUUGUAAAGUUUCUAGAAUUUUGUAUCACUGAAUGAUGUGGUCAUCAGCUUUAUAGUAGACAAACUAUGAUAAAAAGUUUUAUAGUUUUUCAGCUUUAUUUUCUUGUUUCUGAUACAGUAUUCAAAUCUUAACUAAAAGAGACAUUGAUUCAUUUUAAUAAUGAAAACUGAUUUUAGUUGGUGCACAUUACAAAGUUGCUAAGAAUGUUCUUUGGGAGCUCAUUCUCUUAUCUUGGACAUUGAUGGUUUACUUUAAUUGAAUGAAAUACUGAUAAUCUCUGCUCCCAGAGGAAUUGUUACCUCCAUUUCUAUAACUAACCACUUCAGAUUUGUUUGAUAAUCUUUCUUAGUGUGGCUCUUGUCAGUUUCUGUGAAUUGGGUUCUGUUUUUUCAUCCAGAAACCAAAUUAUACUCUUUACUAUAAUGUCCUGUUUGUAAAAGUACAAGGAGUCUUUAGAGUGGGAAGCUGACUCUUUUCUGAAAUGUGUAUCUCAUAUUUGCAGAAUUAAUUUGGUGAACAAAGGAGAAAGGGACUAGCAUGAGACCCAAAAUCAUCUCUUACAAAUUAUCUCUAUCCUUUAAGUAAUAUUAUGUUGGAAUCAUUUGAGAAGGUAAGAGCUUUUCUCCUAAUAAAAACACUCCCUAUUUGUAUGUAGCCUGCCUCCUACAGAUUCCUUGCAGGGGUGUUGCACAGUAUAUGUCCUACCUUCUAAAAGAAAAAUGUGAUCCGUGUGGUAGCCAUUAUCAGGCCUGGUGUUAAGUAUCAGGGAUUCCAAACAGAAAAGCUC